AUGGCGAAUCCCAACCAAUACUUCCUGCUGGCAGACCACAUUAAGCUGUCCCUGCUAGAAAGGCAGAGGGCCAUAUCGCUCAAACUUGAACCUACAUCUCAGGAUGGACAUAUAUCACGCUCACUUGAUUCAUUACGAGAUGGUCUCGAGAAAGUCACAAAGGAAAGGGUCCGGUUGGAAGAGGCAGGAGAAACCUCGGCGAGUCUCACUCUCUCAGAAACAGAGCACGAAUUACGAACACAAUACGAUGACCUAGCGUCACAAUUCCACGGACAUCCUUCCAGCACAACUUCAUCCACAAUCACUCACCCCAACAACCCAUCUUUGUCGGACGACUUUGCCCGAGCCACAGAACGACCGCGAGUGACGUCCUCAUCAUCCUUCCUCAAGAAGUCAUUGCGCGGUGUGGCCAGUCCAGCUACCAAUUCCCCGAAAUCAGUACGAUUCUCUGAUGCGCCCCAUGUUCAAGAAGAAGAAGAUGCCCGAAACAACCUCUUUCCUUACCGCGACGACCCAGAACAAGGACUGCCAGAUCAAACCAACUUAGACAACCAGCAGAUCCACGCCUAUCAUUCCCAAGUAAUCCGAGAACAGGAUGAUGCGCUAGACAGACUGGGCGAGUCUAUAAGCAGACAACGGGAAUUGAGCAUCCAGAUAGGUGAUGAGUUGGAGGAACAAGUCCAAAUGCUUGAUGAAUCCGAUAAUCUGGUGGAUAGACAUACAAAUACUCUAGAUAAGGCACGAAAGAACCUAGGCACGGUCGCACGGAAGGCGAAGGAUAACAUGCAAUUAACGAUAAUUGCCAUUUUGAUCAUAAUAUUAGUUCUACUUAUUAUUAUUCUGAAAUAG